CACACAGUUAGUCACAGAGGCUACUUACAGAAACACACACACAUCAGUCUGCUUUAUUUUCAUCCUCCUCAUCAUCAUCAUCAUCAUCAUCCGUCCAUCAUGCACAGCAAAGACCAAAUCAGUCAUGACGAAUACCAGAAGACAGCUGAUUGGCUGCUGUCUCAGACGAAGCACCGCCCCCAGGUGGCGAUCAUCUGCGGCUCGGGACUCGGGAUGCUCGCUGACACCCUCAAGUGUCAGGACUCCUUCGCUUAUUCUGACAUACCCGGAUUCCCACAGAGCACAGUGCAGGGUCAUGCAGGUCGGCUGGUUUUCGGGGAGCUGAAGGGGAAGACGUGUGUGUGCAUGCAGGGUCGCUUCCACAUGUAUGAAGGACACUCACUCUGCAAGACGACGUUUCCAGUUCGAGUCUUCAAGCUGUUGGGGGUGGAGACUCUGAUCGUGACGAAUGCUGCCGGCUCAUUGGCCGAUGGCCUCCAGCCUGGUGACAUCAUGAUCAUCAAAGACCACAUCAACUUCCCCGGACUGGUCGGCCUGAACCCGCUGAGUGGACCCAAUGACGACAAGUUCGGGCCUCGUUUCCCCGCCAUGUCAGGCUGCUACGAUAAAGGCCUGCGUUGCGUCGCCAUGGAGAUCGGAAAGCAGCUGGGCGUGGCCGGCCUGAUGCAGGAGGGUGUGUACGCCAUGGUGGGCGGGCCAAACUUUGAAUCCAUCGCUGAGGCCAGGCUGCUGCAUCGACUCGGGGUGGACGCUGUUGGGAUGAGCACGGCUCCGGAGGUCGUGGUGGCGACUCACUGUGGUCUGCGAGUGUUCGGCCUCUCUCUGAUCACCAAUAAGGUGGUGAAGAGUUACGAGGACUCAGACAGUGUGAACCAUGAGGGCGUGCUGGAGGUGGGCCGGCUGCGCUCUCAGACGGUGCAGCAGCUGGUGACAGAGCUGAUCAGCAGGAUGGAGAUCAACAACAACAACAACACCAACAAUGCUGUCUGAACACACCGAAUACACAGUGUGUAUAUACUUGAUUGUUGUAUUUACAACAUUUUUUUAGAGCAUUCUUGUACUUUAUCCACCUUCAUGAUAUUUUUUACUGUUGCUGUAAUAAAAAACUUUAUUUAUAUCGACAUGGUGCCUAAUAAUUCUCUAUCAGGGUACAUUUUGUGUGUAAUUAUUCAUUCAUGAUGUUUAACCCUACAGAUAAAUAUAUAACGAUGACUGUGUUUCAUGGUGCUUUAAUAUAUAAAAAAAAAAAACAAAUGUGAGACAAAGAUUUUUCUAAAGAUUCUUUUCUUGUACAUUUUAUUUUGUAAAAACAAUCACUGACUUCCUGAUAUAUGUUAAUCAGAUUAAAAAAAUAUGCUGACCAA